CUAUGAUUCUGAUACUUGUUAAUGCAAUAUAAUCGUGAUCUUUAAAAAUUAAAUAAGACACAUGUUUUCAUCUAAAUAUAUAGUUAACAAAAUAGAGACAAAGUGUAAUGAAGGGGAGCCAAAUCUACGAAAGUCAUCACAAACUCAAUUAUUUGACAUGAUCCAUUAAAAAAAAAGAACCUAAUUUGUCAAUGACAACCAUGUUUAGAAAGCAAAAAAAUGCAAGUAGCUCCAUGUUUGAAAUAGUCAACUUUGUAGUUUGUCAACAAAGUGUUCCAUUUUUUUUUAAUAGAAAAUUAAAGAAGAAACCAAAAGAAAAGACACAGGAUAUUCCUAUGCAAGUAGAUUUUUGCUCAAUCAACUAGCUAGAGGCCAAAAGGUGGGAGACUAGAGAGUCUAGAGACAAUGCAGCCAUGGAUGACAUUAGGUGCUUCAUUGGUGGCAAAAGCUGUUGACUAUACGGUGGCCCCUCUCGGCAAUCAACUAAGAUAUCUUUAUCAGUAUAACAAAAAUACCGACAAUCUGAGAAAGCAAGCUGAAAGGUUGCAAGAGAAGACACAAGAUAUCCAAGCAUUGGUGAACUAUGCCAAAAGAAAUGACAGAGAAAUCAAAAGCACAGUUAAAAAUUGGUUACAAGAGGUAGAUGCAAUCACUGCUGAGAUCAAAUCAUGGGAUGAUAAAACUCAAAACUUGAGCAAAAUGUGCCUCCCUCAUCUGGUCUCACGGUAUAAGCAGAGCAAGAUGGCAACUAAAAAAAUCAUGACCAUCCAAGAACUUCUUGGUAGAACUCUCACGGAAGAUGUAUCCAUACCGCAGGCCCCUCCUUUGAAUAUACCAUUCAUUUCUGACCAAGAAAAACCCGAAAAGGACCAGGUUAUUGAGAUGGUAGCAAGUAGUUCAUCUGAUGUAUCCAUACCGCAGGCCCUUCCUUUGAAUAUACCAUUCAUUUCUGACCAAGAAAAACCCGAAAAGGACCAGGUUAUUGAGAUGGUAGCAAGUAGUUCAUCUGAUGUAUCCAUACCGCAGGCCCUUCCUUUGAAUAUACCAUUCAUUUCUGACCAAGAAAAACCCGAAGAGGACCAAGUUAUUGAGAUGGUGGCAAGUAGUUCAUCCGUUGUUGGUCAAAACGUCAGUAGAGCAAAUGGUGCUCUGCUAAGUGCGGAUGAUGUUUCUAUCAAGCGAAGACUAACCAUGGAUCCAAUUAUUGCUUAUCAGCUAAGAAAAAAUGUGGCAAACAUUAUUCACCUGCAAAGAGAAGCAGUGAAUCAGAUCAUUGAGGAACUAAAGGAUGACCACUAUAAGGGGAUAGGGAUUUAUGGCAUGGGGGGCAUCGGUAAGACCACUCUUGCCGUAGAAGUAGGGAAAUUGGCUAGAGACUGUGGAAUUGUUAAGGAAGUUAUAAUGGUGGUUGUUUCCCAAACGCCAAACAUAAGAAAGAUCCAGGGUCAAAUUGCGGAUAUGUUAAAUCACAGACUUGAGGAGGAAAGCACAUUAGGAAGAGCAGGUAGACUUUAUACGCGACUGUCCAAUGAGAGCGUACUUCUCAUACUGGACGAUGUUUGGUCAUACAUUGACUUAGCAGAGAUAGGGAUCCCUCAUGGUGAUGAGCACAAGGCCUGUAGGAUUAUGCUUACCACGCGACAAAAAGAUCUAUGUACAGCUAUAGGGACCAAAGGAAUACCAUUGAAACUUUUAUCAGAAGAAGAAUCGUCGCAUUUAUUGAGGAAAUAUGCUUGCACGAGCACUUCUGACCUUUGUCCGGAGUUGGAUAGCAUGGUCAUGAAUUUUGUCAAAGAAUGUCAAGGCCUGCCAUUGGCACUUGUGACUGUUGGAAGUGCAUUACGAGGAAAAGAACAAGUGGAGUGGGAAGCAGCACUACAGCUCCUUAAGAAGUCCCAACCCUUUAGCCCCACUUAUGCAAGCAAGACCAUUUUCUCCUGCCUGGAUUUGAGCUACAAUUUUUUGGAAAAUGAGGAAAUCAGGUUGUGCUUUCUGAUGUGUUGUUUGUACCCAGAAGAUCGUGAAAUAAGUAUUGAAGACUUGACUAGAGACUGGACAGGAAAAGGGCUGUUCUCAGAUGUGGACACUAUUGAAGAAGCUAGAGCCAGAGUGUGCUUAAGAGUUGGCCAACUUAAAUCAUCUUGCCUGUUGCUUGAUGUUGGGAAGGAGGGUUUCGUUAAAAUGCAUGAUGUUGUUCGUGACUUUGCUAUAUAUAUAGCAUCUGAAGAGAAGCAUGGAUUCAUGGUAAGAGCUGGUCACAAUCUGAACAAGUGGCCACCAAGGGAGUCAUUCAGCCAAAAAACAGCUAUUUCCUUCAUGAACAAUAAUAUCCAUGUGCUUCCAAGUGAUGUACAUUGCCCCAAUCUUCAAAUUUUACAUCUUGGAGAAAAUGAAGGUCUUGAACAGAUACCAGUGGACUUUUUUAUACAGAUGAAAAUGCUCCAGGUUUUGGAUUUAAGUGAAAGGGUUGGUAUCCAUUCACUAAAUCCUCUCUAUCAGUUAGUCCCGAAUGCCACAAGAAAAAAUACAUUUCCCCUCAGUUUUCCAUCAUCCGUUGAAGUUCUCACAAACCUGCGAACUUUACGUUUAGACCACUGCAAGUUAGCUGAUGUAUCUAUUCUUGGAAAAUUAAAGGGCCUGGAAAUUUUAAGUUUAUACGGGUCCUCUAUCACACAACUUCCAAAUGAAUUUGGGGACUUGGUUAAUUUGAGACUAUUGGAUUUGUCAUUCUGUGUGUACCUUCAGAAAAUCCCGGAGAACUUGAUAUCGCGCCUUGUUCAAUUAGAAGAACUUUAUAUGGGUUGGAGUUUUCGAUUGUGGCAGCUAGCUGAUGGAUCUGCUGAAGGGAGUGGCCAAGCAAGCUUGUCUGAGCUAAUGUCGCUGCCCCAAUUAAAUAUUUUGUGUGUGGAAGUCUCCACCCUUCUAGCUUUCCCUGAGAACUUUGAUCUUCCUAGCAUACACAAGUUUGAGAUAACAGUAGGUUACCACUCAGCUAUAUGUUAUCCAAACUCUAGGAGGUUCUAUCUUAGAGAAAUAAAGACUGGUAUACCAAAUGGGAUGAAGCAUAUGCUUCAAUUCUCAAAGGAAUUGACAAUGUUCUGUGCAUCCAAGGUAAUACUGAAAAGUAUCUUUGAUGUCGAAGGGGGCUUAAAUCACUUGAAAACUCUUGAAAUAACUGCCAAUGAUGAAAUUACCUAUUUCAUUGAUGAGGUUCUUCAUAGCGAUGCACCUUUAGUUUUAGGAUCUUUGGAGAAAUUACAUCUUCGGACGUUCAAGAAGCUAUUUUCACUUUCUGUCCGCCCAAUCAAACCAGGUUCCUUCCAGAAUUUGCGGAUUCUAAGGGUUGAAAAUUGUCAUAAUUUAUUUUUUCUAAUUCAAACUUCCUUGCUCCAGAGGCUAUCAAGUAUUGAAGAAGUUCAUGUGUAUUCAUGUAACAAGUUACUCGAUAUAUUUCAACUUAACGAGGCAGCUUUUGAUGAAGAACAGAAGCUCCUCUCAACGCUCAAAAAGAUCUGGUUAGCUAGAUUGCCUACGCUGUUCGAAAUCUGGAGAGUACCUAAGCAGUUACUCCUGAAUGCAACCCUUCAAAAUAAACAAUGCUUCAGUAACAUAACUGAUGUGUUGAUUAGGUAUUGUGAUAACUUGGAAUAUGUAUUCCCAUCUGUAGCUGCUCAAAAUCUAUGUCAACUGGAUAAUCUCCAAAUUGUGGAGUGCCACAGAUUGACAAGAAUCAUAGGAGAAGAACCAGAAGGUGUCUCAGCAAAUGUUCAAAAUGGACAUGUUUUAUUUCCCAACCUCAGAGCUGUUCAUAUAGGAAGCUGCAGAAACCUGAGAAAUCUAUUUUCGAUUAUGACAGCUCGAAGUCUUGGCAAACUAGAAGAGUUAAAGGUAAAUGACAUGCCAAAUCUGGUAGAACUCAUAAGCAAUGAAGAAAGUGAAAGGGAAAGGGAAGAGGAAAACGAUAAAAUAAUCGUGCUGCCAGAGUUGAAAGUCCUGAGAAUUACAAAAUCUGGAAACGUGGAACGGCUUUGUACAGAGGCUUUCUUUAUGGAUCUACCAUCGUUAGAAGAAUUUGUUCUUCUGGAGUGUCCUAAAAUGGCUGACACUGUUAAACGUGGACUGGGUAGCGCAUCAAAUCUUCUUAAAGCACAGAUUGAGGAACAAUCAUUCUUUGGCACAAUGGCACGAGAGGUUUUCAGUAGAAAGGUGUGAUGAAUCACCAAUCACUAGUUGGUACAGGUACACUGUUGUGGAUGCGUUGGAAGCCCUUAAAUUAAGUAUUUAACUAUAUUUUUUGUUGUUUUAUUUAUUAUUCUAGAAUAAGAUUUAUGUUUCAUAGUUUCAUAAGGAUUAGGUUAAAUUAUAGUUAUUAGUUUGGAAUAAGAUUUAGGUCUCCUAGUUUCAUAAGAAUUAGACUUUCUAUUGAUGUAAUAAGACUCCUAUUUAAAGGGGCUUUUGAUGAAUAAAUUUCAGUUAGUCAUAAUUCAGCAAAAAACAGGAGAUUAGAGUUAUCUCUUCCAUUGAACUCUAAGGUUUCAGUCUGCCUUUGAAGAGCUGAAGAGAUCGGAGUUCUCUUUUAAUGAAUUCUAAGGUUUCAGCCUCCCUUUAACGAGCUGAUUUAUAUAUCGCCUUGUGAAUCGAUCCUUCCCUUAAGAUUCAUAACAAUUUGGUAUCAGAGCUUAACACAAUGGGCGAUGAGAUCAGUUCUCGAUUUCAAGGAGAACAUACCAUUAUAGAAACCCUAAUGGACUCUAAAAUUGUAGCAAUGGAACAACGCCUCAUCGAAAGAAUUGUUCAAGUCAUCCAAGAACAAUUGUCUAGAUUGGGAAUUGACUCCACAAAACCAGUAACCCACAAACCUGGGUCAAAUAGUGCCCAGACAACUAGCAGAUCAACAAUUCCUGCUACAAAAGGCAAUACACUACCUACUUAUAACGGCACCAAUAAUCCAUUAAUUCGAGCACAUCGUUGUGAACAUUUUUUUGAAAAAAAUCAACAUACAAUGAUAGCAAAAAAGAUUGGUGUUGUUGGAUUUCACAUGUUCGGACUAGCACCAUUAUGGUAUUAUCAACUUAAAUGAGCGAAAGGCUCAAUGAGUUGGGAAGAAUAUCAGGGAUUUGGACCCCAUGAAAGUAGCAAUCUGAUGGACAAAUUAGUCAUGCUUCAGCAAACUGAUAGAGUCGAAAUUUAUCAAUGUCAACUAUAAGCUAGGUCUGGAAUUGGAUAAGUUGAUGAUUGCCGUGAAAUUCGAGCUUGAGGACAAGCUCUUUCCACGUAAGAGGGGGUAAUGUUGUGGAUGCGUUGGAAGCCCUUAAAUUAAGUAUUUAAUUAUAUUUUUA